GUAGGAAAUUUAAAGGCCGCAGCGACGACAAACUUUUUCGGAUGCUCGCUGAGGGGCCGAAGUGAGGCUGGAGGAGUCAGUGUGCGUUUGGCUAGCGUGGAGGGUGGACGUACGCCGGGCCUCUAGUGGCGUAUACGUGCUGUGCUCCGGUACAACUUUUUCCAACUCUCGGAGGAAAUCGUGAUUGGUUGUUGUCCCCGCGUGGAAACAAGUGCAGAAAAUAUACAAUGAAGUUUAUGUUGGUUAUUGGCGCGUUAGCCGGGAGCAGUGUGUAGAGCGAGGCAGUAUUUGCACGAAGAGGUGAAGUUUUUUUUUGUUGGUCGGACCGAGAAGUUUGGGAAGGUCCGCGCUGAGAGGCGGCCCAGCCAGCCCCUGACCCCUGCCUCCCCUGCCGCCGCCAUGGAGGAACUCUUGAGGAGUGGUGCCUGGGCGCGGUGUUGAUGGGCGGGCCAGGGCGGGAGCAGCGCCCCCCGCGGCACCAUGUGUGACUGUGGCCUGACGGAAGACUCCCCCGGCCCGGCCCGCAGGCCCGCGCGGGCGGACCAGCAGGGCCACCCGGCGGGCCACCCUCACCGCCGGAGAGGAGGGAUGUGGAGCUGUCGCUCGCGGGGAGUGAUGGGAGUGAGCUUUAGUGUUCUAGUCUUGCUGGCAUGCUGGUGUUGUGGGUGUGCGGCGGCCGCCGGGCCGCGGACGCUACGGGGCAGCGCCUGUCCAGCGGAGCGCCACUCCAGCAGUGUCGUGGCCCAGUUCUGCACGGGCAACAGCAGCAUGGAGCUGCAGCACCUCGUCUAUAACAAAGCCGCUGGCGUCCUCUACGUCGGGGGAACUAACAGACUAUUUUCUUUGGGUUCUGCCAAUCUCGACCUGGAGGCGCGGGUGGAGACGGGGCCCAGGUUUGACUCGCCGGGGUGCCACGCGUCCGGCUGCGACCAGGAGAACAAGGCCAAGCGUGUUUUCACCAAUAACGUGAACAAAGUGUUGGUGCUUGACCCCGAAGGCUCCACGCUGCUCAUGUGCGGCUCGGUGUCCCAAGGUGCCUGUGAAAAGUUCCGCACUGCCAACCUGUCCCUCACGCCGGAGUUCAUUCCGCGUUCCGUCGCCGCCAACGAUCCAGGUUCCUCCACCUUCGCCUUCGUGGGCCCCGAACACUACAACCAAUGGGGCAGCUCCACCGCCCUGUACGUGGGCACCACCUUCACCACGGUGGGCGACUACCGCCACGACGUGCCCGCCAUCUCCACCAGGAACCUCUACGACCUCGACUACGCCGAGUUUUCCUUCUCGAAGCAGUCACUCCUACGCAUCGACGUCAAAUACCGCGAUCACUUCCUGGUGCAGUACGUGUACGGCUUCAACGCCAGCGACUACGCUUACUUCGUGACGGUGCAGAAGAAGUCACACUUGCCGGGACAGGAAGAAUCUGGCUACAUUUCACGGCUGGCAAGAACCUGCAUCACCGACGCCAACUAUGACUCGUACACGGAGAUCACGCUGGACUGCGUGGGCGACGACGGCGUCAGCUACAACCUGGUGCAGGACGCCAAGCUGGUGGUCGCCGGCAGCGACCUCGCCGCCAGCAUGGGCGUGCCUGAGGGCAGCUAUGUGCUCGUGGCGGCCUUUGCGCCCUCUCAGGGCCACACGGCCCUCCCCGAGGCCGCCUCUGCCGUGUGCGUGUACUCCGUCCACGACAUCGAGGCCAAGUUCAACGAGAACAUCCACAUGUGCUUCAACGGCUCGAUGCAGUACCGCGGGAUGGAGUACAUCUCGGGGCCCAUCCUCAACGGAAAGUGUCCCGCCGCUGGGACCAUGGGCAACAUCUAUAACUUCUGCGAGGUGGGCCUGAAGGUGUCCGGCGUGUCCCCCAUCCACGCCGGCGCCGCCCUCGUAUUCAAGAACGUGAGUCUGAGCGCCGUGCAGUCCGCGGUCACGGCUCACCACACGCUCCUCUUCCUCGGCACCACCACCGGCACGCUCAAAAAGGCGCUGCUGGCGGGCCCCGAGGACGCCGCCGAGUACGGGGAGGACAUGAUUGACCCCGGCAGCCACGUCCUCCCCGACAUGGCCCUGGACGACGCUGGGGCUCACCUGUUCAUCCUCACCACCACCAAGGUCACCAAGUACCGCGUCGAGGACUGCUCCUCCUACACCAACUGCUCCUCCUGCCUGGGGGCGCGGGAUCCCUACUGCGGCUGGUGUUCCCUCGAGAAAAGGUGCACGGUGCAGUCGGCGUGCCAGAAGGCCACCUUCUCCUCGCCUCGCUGGCUCAGCUUCGGCUCCGGCCAGCAGUGCAUCGACUUUGAGAUGAUCCUGCCAGACCGCCUCCCCAUCACCCAGUCCGCCACGGUUCAGCUGACUAUCCGCACCCUACCGGAGCUGCCCGCCGGCGCCAAGUACCAGUGUGUGUGGGGCUCUGCGCCCCCUGAGGACGGGCUGGUGACCGCCUCGGGGCUGACGUGCGCCACGCCCGCGCCGCAGCACCGCCCGCCCAUCCCCGCCCACCAUGACCACGUGUUGGUGCCACUCGCCGUUCGCUCCAGCGAGACCAACAAGGACUUCGUCUCCCGAAACUUUGCCUUCUACGACUGUAGCCGCCACAACACGUGCGGCAGCUGCGUGCGGAGCAAGUGGGCGUGCAACUGGUGCGUUUACGAGAACACCUGCACGCACAACGCCUCCUCCUGCAGCGGCAACGUCGUGUCCGGGGAAAACGUAAGCAUCCUGCAGCUGCUGAGAGAGAACCCCGCACAGCUGGUGGCGCACGGAUCCGGGUUUUGUCCCAGAUUCUGGCCCGACCAGACGCCCCUUCUAGCGGCGGACGGGGCCAGGUCCGAACUGGUGCUGCUGGUGGAGAACCUGCCGGUGCCGCGCGUGGGUCAGCUUGGCUUCCAGUGUGUGGUGAGCGUGGAGGGUGCCACCAUGAAGGUCGGAGCCAGGGUGAUGGGCGGCAGGGAGGGCGGCGACGCGCUCCCCGCCGGCACCUCCACCACCCUCAGCCACCAGCAACAACACCGGCGGUUGCAGCGCGUAGUGUGCGAGCCCACCGUGUAUCGCUACGAGUCCCCCGAGGAAGAGUACGAGGCGCGCGUCACGCUGGUGUGGAAUCGUGACCACGUGGUAGACGCGCGGAAGCUGACGCUGUACAAGUGCGGCGUGCUGGGCGCGCACCGCGGCCACCACGACUGCUCGCUCUGCGUAACACGGCACCCGCGCUAUCGCUGCGCCUGGUGCGGCGCCUCCUGCCGCUACGCCCCACACUGCCCCGUUGCUGCCGCCGCCUCCUCCUCGGCCUCCCUGCCGCGGCCACCCAUCGAGGACUCCCGCCUCGGCCAGUGCCCCACGCCCAGGAUAGAUCUGAUCCAGCCGCUGGCGGGCCCGCUGGAGGGCGGCACGCUGGUCACCAUCGAGGGCAGCAACCUGGGCCUGCGGGAGGAGGACGUGCAGGGCAAAGUGUUCAUCGGGGACGUGCCGUGCCACGUUCACGAGUACCACGUGUCUGUCAAAAUCACGUGCCGCACGGGCCCGGCGCCCCUACCUGCCGGGGGUCAUGGCACCGCCGACCUGCAGUUCCCAGUGCAGGUCUCGACACCCGCCGGCACCACGCGCUCCACCGUCAAGUUCACCUACACCAACGUGAGCGUGACGGGAGUGUGGCCGACGCGCGGGCCGGUGUCUGGCGGCACAGUGCUUUCCAUCAGCGGCCGCUUCCUCAAUGUUGGCUCCCACGUUUCGGCGACGCUGGAUAACCUUCCGUGUAUUGUCAACAAGACGCAGUCGUCGUCGCACCGUCUGGUGUGCGUCACCUCGCGGGCGUCGGGGGCUGGGGAGGGCGGCAAGGAGGGCGAGGCGCUGCCGGCGACGGUGCGGACACUUACGGUGACGGUGGAUGGCGCGCGCCGCACCCUCGCCUCGCCCUUCAUCUACACGCCUGACCCCAAAGUCCUGGAGCUCAAGCCGCUGCGGAGUCCCUGGAGUGGCGGCCGCCUCGUCACCGUCCACGGCACCCACUUGGACGCCAUUCAAGCCCCUCGUAUCACCGUCAAUCUCUUUGAACGUGUCCUUAAUUCAUCUGCCUGUCGUGUCCUCAACGCUGACCAGAUGGAGUGCCCCACGCCGCCCUUAAACCGCGAGGCCGUGCUGGCCAUCCUUGAGGCUCAGGAAAACCUGCGUCGUCGCCGGCGGAGUCGAAACAGAAGGUCACACAAUGUCCAGAGGUUACCGCGAAGACGGGACCAUGACGAGGACGUGGUGGCCGUCGACGUGGGUUUCCUGAUGGACGGCGUGGUGUCGGUGCUGCAUCUGCGUCAACACUUUCCUAACGUGCGCUCCCGCCUCACCUACCUGCCGGACCCUCAAUACUACUCCUUCCCGCACGGCGUCAAGCUCUACAAGGGCGACACGCUGGUGGUGGAGGGCGAGCACAUCAACGACGCGGCUGACGAGAGCGACGUGCGGGUCACUAUAGGGACAGCCAUCUGCAACGUGACCUCCCUGGCCAUGACACAGCUGGUGUGCACGCCGCCCGAGAUGCAGCCCGACGCCACCGACGAGCGGGGCGUCUACACCACCGAGCAGCUCCCCCUCGUCGUGGUGCACGUCGGACAGUACCUUCGCUUCCCCCUUGGAGUCCUGCGCUACGAGCGGCACAGGCGCUUUCCACUCACCCCCGAGGGCAUCGCGGGUCUGGCUGGGAGCGCGCUCUUCCUGGUGCUGUUGUCCUUCGCGGUGCUGGCCGUGUACCGCCGCAAGUCGUCCCAGGCGGAGCGGGUGUACAAGCUGAUGCAGCUCCAGAUGGACAGCCUUGAGAGCCACGUCCGCACCGAGUGUAAGCAAGCCUUCGCGGAGCUGCAGACGGACAUGACGGACCUGACGGCGGACCUGGAGUCGUCUGGCAUCCCGACGCUGGACCACCGCACCUACGUGAUGAAGGUGUUCUUCCCCGGCGUGGCGGACCACCCAAUCCUGCACGACCCCAAGGCGCGCGCGCACGGCCCGCGCACCAACUACGACGUGGCGAUGCUGCAGUUCGAGCAGCUGGUGGCCAACAAGCACUUCCUCCUCUCCUUUAUCGACACCCUCGAAGCGCAGAAGUCCUUCAACAUCAGGGACAAGGUGAACGUGGCCUCGCUGGUGACGGUGCUGCAGAUGGGCCGCAUGGAGUACCUGACGGAGGUGAUGCGGUGCCUAAUGCUGCGGCUGGUGGCCAACGCCGCGGCCACCAAGCACCCGCAGCUCAUGCUCCGCCGCACCGAGAGUGUCGUCGAGAAGAUGCUCACCAACUGGAUGGCGCUGUGCAUGUACAACUACCUGAAGGAGGACGCGGGCACUGCGCUCUUCCUGCUGUUCAAGGCCAUCAAGCACCAGGUGGAGAAGGGUCCCGUGGACGCCCUCACCCACGACGCCCGCUACUCCCUGUCCGAGGAGCGCCUUCUGAGGGAGCAGGUGGAGUUCAGCCCCGUGAGCAUCCACCUGCUUCAUGAUGACCCCCACUAUGAAAAAAUUCCCUACCAGACAACCUACAGUACGCUGACUAUGUACGCUGAGGAGUACGAGGAGAAGGUGCAGGUGAAGGUGCUUGACUGUGACACCAUCAGCCAGGUCAAAGCCAAGAUCCUGGACGCCCUGUACCGCAACACCCCGCACUCCCUCCGGCCCUCCGUCCACGAAGUCGAUCUAGAGUGGCGUCACGGGCGGGCAGGGCGAGUGACGCUGAGUGACGAGGACCGCACGGUGGUGACGGGUGCGGGCGGCUGGCGGGCCCUCAACACCCUGGCCCACUACGGCGUCAGGGACUCGGCCGUGAUGGCGCUCAUACCCCGCCAGAACGACUCCUUCUCCUCCAACUGCACGGGCUACUACUCCUACGCCAACAGUGUCUCGCCGCUCAACUCCCCCGGGGGUGACGGCGGCGAUUGUGGCGGCAACGUUGCUGGGCGGGCUAGCGGCGCCGGCGGCACUGCGGGCGUCCACCAGUACCAUCUGGUGCGGCCGACGGACGACAGCGCCUCUGGAACACUGGGCUCCUCGCGUGACGGGCGGGACCGCACCUACGGCACCCACAAGGCCAUCCCGGAGAUCUUCCUGACGCGGCUGCUAUCCACCAAGGGCACCGUGCAGCAGUUUGUCGACGAUUUCUUCAGGACGAUUCUCAGCGCUAACGACGGCCUCCCGCCCGCCGUCAAGUGGCUCUUUGACCUCCUGGACGACGCGGCGCGCGCCCACGGCAUCACGGACCCCGAAGUGGUCCACGCCUGGAAGUCCAACUGCCUGCCGCUCCGCUUCUGGGUCAACUUCAUCAAGAAUCCGGACUUCAUCUUCGACAUCGCCAAGACCCCGACGGUCGACUCAUGUCUGUCCGUCAUCGCCCAGACGUUCAUCGACGCGUGUUCCACCACCGAGCACCGCCUCGGCAAGGACUCGCCCUCCAACAAGCUGCUAUUCGCCAAGGACAUCCCGCGGUACAGAGCACAGGUGAAGAGUUUCUACAGCGACGUGAGCACCGCGCAGCCCGUCAGCGAGCAGGAGUUGGGUCAGCACAUGCAGCAGCUGUCAGCCGCCCACUCCGGCCACUUUGACAACAUGGCUGCUCUCAAGGAACUCUACAUCUACGUCACCAAGUACCACGAGCUGAUCCUGGAGUCCCUGGACGCCGAUCCUUACUGCAGGAAGCUGAACUUGGCCCACCGCCUGCAGUCCAUCGCCUACAUCCUGGAAUCCUACAGCCACGCAGGACCCGUCGCCCCCAUGCCGCCCCUCCAGCUGGCCGGCCAACUAUCGGAGCUGUGAGGAGGCCCCCCUUAGUGCCCCCCUCGCCCCGUAACCCCCCCUAGCCCUUCACCCCUCAAGUAUAUAAGUGACAAGUGCCGCUGGUCGCAUUUUUCUGCAUAAGGAACCAAGGAUUUUUUAUGACUUUCUUACGUUAUGUGAAGUGAGUAAUGAGUGAGUGUGAGUGAGUACUGCCGUAAGUCGACGCGCCACUGAGAGACAGACACUGUGUGUGUGAAAAAAAAUAAGCAAGUGUGUGUCGGCCAGUGUUCCUCCCGAGUGCAAUAACGUGUUUAGCGCCCCCAGCCACGUCGCGUCUCUCUGCAGGGCGGCGCUGACUUGUCUUUUGCCUUUUUUUUAUGAAUUUAUACUGAACUGUCGACAUGAGUGCAGCGUGUGCGGUGAACUGAGUGGCUGACUGACUGACGGAGGGGGAAAUUGAGCGAGUGUGGAUAAGUAAGUCUGGGGAAUAAAAAAAUACGAGGGGACAAAAAGUUUAAGUUAAAGAAACAUAUAAAACUUGGAGUAACGUUGAACAAAACCAAACACUGAUGCUGCCGCCGAGGCCCCGCGCGGCCCGGCUCGAUGAUUGUGAUACUCUGGACUCCCGUUUGUGUGUUAGUCGCUGUGGUCUAGUGCUAGUGCCUAAGGAUACAAUGUUCCUUGUUUUACAUCAAGUGCUUCUUCGACACCUUCACGCUUCACCUUGCAUGAUGGCCACCGAGCCCUGGUGCGCACCGGGGCCGCCUCUGCUGACCCUUGUAAAUACACACGUAACUUUUUUUACGCCGCCGCCGCCGUCGCCGCAGGAUGGAUGACGAGGAAGCCUGAGGUGGACGGGGCGUGUGGAGGCACCGUAGUCCGCCCCAGCCUGAGCCUCUCUCACGCCGGCGCCCCAGGAGAACGUCCCGCCAGCCCCAGCACCCCGACAUGCACCGCAGGACACCCAGGGAUACUCGGUGCUGCCUUCAGUUGGGGAGGAAAGGAACCUGCAGGCUGGCACUCCCUCGCGGCCACCACCACCACUACACCAUGUCCUUUUCCUCCUCCUCCUCCUCCUCCUCCUUCUUCCUCCUCCCAGUCCCCUGUGGCCCACUAGUCUUGAUUCCCGUGUGUUUUUUUGUUUUAUUUUGUUUUUUUCUUACCCUUUCUCUUAGUUGAUCGACUAAUUAACUAUUUAUCCAUUAAUUUAGACACUGUAUAUACCUGUCUAGUAGCAAGGUUCGCAGCCAAGAAACUGAUGGUGAUGAUGAUGACGAUGACGACGCAGGUUUUCUGUGUCCCUAAGUCUGUUAGUCCGGUUUUUUGUAUCCUUUUGUAUAUUUAGUUCUUUUUCUCUUUUUUAUAUAUUUAUUAAGGACGUAUGAAUCUCCAGUUUUUAUAUAUGUUAUGCAUCUGGUGAAGCCUGGGAGGAGCGGCCUUCAGAAUGACGGCCGCUGAGCUGGUAGGUGUGUGUGUGUGUGUGUGUGUGUGUGUGUGUGUGUGUGUGUUCAAGGAUUGCUGCUGCUUUGUGCCCUCACUACCGACCCCCAUCACCAAUCCCCCCACCCCCCUUCAAACACCCAGCCCCCCCCACUCCCCACCCAGCUGCCCCCAUCCCUUCAGUACCUUACCCUCCCCUUCCCCAACAUACCCCCAGCUAUCCCACUCCCUUAGAUCCACACCCCUUCACUUUAUACACACACACACACACACACACACACACACACAGCACAAGCCUCACUAAUCUACACUUCCACCCAACACCCCCUCCCUCACACACACAUCCCCCUUCCCCUCCCCCCUUCUACCCAUGCAAAUCCCCUAUUCAUUCCUUUCAGCCCGAGUCACAACCAUUUUCCCCUUGUCACCGUUCACAGUAACCCGUCUACUGUAUUUCCGUCAGAUUCAUUACUUGUGUUCUUUUUUAUAUUAUUUUCAAAUGUUUUUAUUGUUACUUUUCUUCUUAUUUUCAUUUUUGUUUCCUUGUUUUAUGUGUAUGUAUUUUUUUUUCUUAUUUUAUUUUCUGAGGUUUGAUCUCGACUCACAGGUUAGUGUGUUUUUUUCUUCCGUCUUCUCUGACUGAAAAAGUAAAGAAGGAAAUCAUUAUUAAAUCGUUGGUUUAUUGACAUGAAGGAAUUGUUUAGUUGACAUUUAUACUCGCUGGCCGACUAACCAUGUAACUGCGCUAGUAAAUCUUUUCCCGUGUUUUGACUUCUCUUUUUUGACUGUUUCACCUCAACUAAGCAAUGCCUACCCUUGCCUUCACUUUUAAUUUGAUCGUUUAUACUGUUUGUCCUCUUCUACUUCACCCUCACUUGCCUCUCCCCUUUCCUUUUCCCCUUACGUUCCUCCUUCAGAGUUCCCAUUUACCCAUUCCCUUUUUAUUCUUUUCCUUCACAUAUUAUACAGAUACUUUCCUACUUCACUCACUUGCCUUUACCUCCAUUCUGCUAUCCCCUUCCCUUACCCCUUUCCUUUUCCCCUUACGUUCCUCCUUCAGAGUUCCCAUUCACACAUCCCCUUUUCAUCCUGUUCCUUGACAUAUACAGAUACUCUCCUACUUCACUCACUUGCCUCGUCCUCCAUUUUGCUAUCCCCUUUCCUCCCUCCUCCCUAUGCGUUCCUUCUCCAUUUUUACCAUUCUUCUAUUUCCCUUCUAUCCUGUACCUUCACCUGUUAUAAAGAUGCUUCUCCUCUAACACCUUUUAAUACAUCUCUUUCCGGCACCUUUUUAUUCCCUCCCUCCCACCCACUCCCCUCUCACUCCCUUGCACUCCCCAACCCUCCCUCUAGAUAUACAUAAUUAUUACACUAUGCAACCCUUUCGAGGAGUUUAAUUCUCAUAUGAUUUCGACGCCGCUGAGGUGAAGAACUAACUUUUGGGGGACAUUGUAUAAAUCUGUACAGAGAACGUUUGUUAUUGUAAAGUAUUUUUGUAAAUGUGAAGUAAGAGGGCAUUGUGUAAAAUCUUGCAACUUUACUACAAAUAAAGUGAGUGCCAAGU